AGUAGGCCAUUCAAUGGAAAUUUAUAAUAAUCGAUUUUCCGCUGCUGCUGAAAGCAAUUGGAAAUUUUAAAUCGCCGCCAAACUGAACCCAAAUAAAGUUUAGCGACCCGUGGCAUAAAAACGCGACACAGGCACAAGGGUUAGGACAGAAAGAGAGCGCAAGAUAGGAAGCGUGAGCGAGAGAGAAAGCAUCAAUUGCAGCAGCCACACUGAGCAUUAGUGGGCGCGGCCAUAGGGUAACUAUUGAUUAAACACAAGCAGCUGCGUGGCCCUUGGGGAGGGGUUUGGGCUGGCUGGCAACACACGUUUGAGUACCACGUGUAAACAGCAACAGCAACUAAAACAAGGACUCGCUGGCUGUGUAGAACAUUUGAGCCCCAAACGUGAGCAGCAGCGGGUCACAUGUCUGCGAAGCACGUCCAGCCAGGCACGUCAGGCCAGCCCGACAUUGAGACGUGCCCCCCUCAACCCAGCCAGAAGGGGGCGACACCGACGUCGCAACCGCAUCUGCGUGGUAAAAAAAAGUCAACGGCCACGCCCACUAGCCUACUAUGCGAACUGAUGCGGCUGAAGGCACAGCAAAAGUAUCUCGAAUGCAAUCAAGUCAAACUGAAUGCCAACAAUUUUCUCGAUGACAACGACCCUGAUGAGGGAGACGGCGAGGACAAGCCCCCAGGCUGUCGCCGGCCUUCUAGUGGCACCAAAGUCGCCGGCCUCAUCAAUGACAUUGAUCGCUUGAAGCUGGAAUUGGAUGACAAACUGCGCAAGCAUCACGUGGCAAAACGUGGCCAGUUGCAGGACAUGUGGCACUACAUGAGCACACUCAAAGAGGAUGUCUUUCAACCGGAACGCCUCAGCCUGUACACGGUGAAUGCUGUGCGGGAGCGCAUCAUUGUACUCAAUGGCCAGCUGGAGCGCUUGGGCUUGCAGAACGCCAAGGAGCUGGAGAUGUUGCGGGAGGAGUACAAGAAACUGGAGCAAGAGAAUGGGCUCGUCUGGAAGGGCAGCAUUUGAGGACGAUGCUCGCAAGGCUAUCUAUGUCCGUAUUUGAUUAGCAAAUUAUUUUAGUUUCAUUUUAAGGAACUAGUUAAGUAGGAACAGAUUCAUGUAAGGUGGAACGACAAUUUGACUAUACUGGUUCAAUUUUUUUUACUGGUUUUAAUAAAUUUCCAUAGC